GCCCCCGAGGGCAGCGGGGUCGGCCUGUGCUUUCCGGCCGUCGCGCCGGGGUGCAGUCAGUCCAGGCGCCCGGACUGCCUGGGAUUUGGUUUAUUAAGUGUAGAUCCCAGCUAGAGGCGAGUGAAGUGACAGUGGUUAUCCUGUUCAAGGGGGUCCCCUUAAAAGGACACAGGAAGCGUUUGGGUGAUGCUGUGUCUUUAGUACAUGCCAAGAGCUGGCAAGGACCGUCCGUUGUUGGUGUGCUGUGACCUGGGUGUAGCGAGUGAUGCACUGGUGAGCCUCGGGCCUGUGCUUCCACUGAUGUUCAUGUUUCAGAGCUCAAAAAAAAUUAGGUAGCAACCUUUUUUAAAGAGAGGAGAAGGUCAGGCUGUAUUGCCACAAUGUCACAAAACCAGCAGUCUCUUGCUGUUCAUAUCCAUGUACUAACAAAUAUGCAGAAAACUGGAUUAAGGAACGGUUCUGGACUUCAGUUAAUUCUGUUUCUGGAUGUUCCUGUAUGUGUCAUUUCCGUGUUGAUUCUGUAGGCUGUCAGCAGCUAUGUAGAUUGCCAGUAGUGUGGUGAGAUAUGACUGAUCUGUGGGUUUAUUGUAGAGUAGAUGAAAGUGUGGUAUUAAAUGAAAUUUUUGAGUAGGAGUUUACUGUAAAAGAAGGUGAUGAGUUGUAAAAAUAAGCGAGUGUUGAACUGUUCCGAAGGUGAAAGUGCUGGGUUUGCGGUAACCGAGAGAGAUUAUCGUUUCUGUGCAGCUUGCCAAAAGGUUGAGCUCUGCCUCAUAUCUUAGCUGUUAUUUCCAGACUUGCAUGUAGAGUCUGGCUGCAUGUGAUGAGUUUUUUGAUGGUGAACAGCAAAUCGAAGAAGAGCAAAGAUUCCUUGUACCAUCAAGCUUCCUGUGGGAUCAAGGGAAACACUGAAGUCAGUAUCAGAAAGAAGACAUUCACUGAGGUUCAAACGGAACGGUUGGAGCAAGCAGAACGGACUGUUUUAAUUAAGUGCCCACCAAAACUUAAUGAAAAAAAAUUAUUGCAGUAUUUAUCCAGUCAUGGAAACAUUAACAGUCACUUCUUUUUUGAAAAUCGUGGUAUCCAUGCUUUAAUAGAAUUUUCUGAAAAGGACAGCAUAGCCUCAUUGCAGGGUGCUGUUGGAGUCCCAAGUGCUGCAGAGCAUGUUGUCCCAUUUAAAUCUAGACUUUUUACUUUCAUGCUGAAAAACCCAGUGAGUCAAGCUGCUGAAGAGACACCAGUUCACCUCGCUCCUCAGUGUCACAUUCCAGUGAAAGAGCUUAUUCAAAAGCUUUGUCAUGCAGACAGUAUAAGCAGUCAGAUGUACAUUCUACUAAACGAGUAUCAACUUACAGAAGAAAAUACCAAGCUGCGAUUUCUGGCCUGUUCUCUGGUUCGGGAUUUUGCACGUGCAUAUUUUCCAGACAGCAUGGUAAAGCCAUUUGGCUCUUCAGUCAACACCUUUGGCAAAUUGGGAUGUGAUGUGGACAUGUUUCUGGACUUCCAUGAUAUACAAAAGCAUGCUACAGAAAUGAAAAAAGGUCCCUUUGAAAUGGAAUAUCAAAUGAAAAGAUUACCAUCUGAAAGAUUAGCAACUCAGAAAAUUCUUUCAGUAAUUGGUGAUUGCCUUGAUAAUUUUGGUCCUGGAUGUGUGAGCGUACAGAAGAUACUCAAUGCUCGCUGCCCACUGGUGAAAUUUUCACAUCAACCAACAGGAUUCCAAUGUGAUCUGUCAGUGAGCAACAGCAUUGCUAUAAAAAGUUCAGAACUCUUGUAUAUCUAUGGCUGUCUUGAUUCCCGUGUAAGAGCACUAGUGUUCAGUGUACGAUGUUGGGCCCGUAUCCAUGGACUGACAAAUAGUGUUCCUGGUACCUGGAUUACAAACUUCUCUCUAACCAUGAUGGUCAUGUUUUUUCUGCAAAAGAGAUCACCACCUAUCAUUCCAACACUAAACCAACUUAAAGAACUGGCAGAUGAAGGAGACAAGCAUGUAAUUGGAGGAUAUGAUUGCUCAUUUGUUAGUGAUUUAAGCAAGAUUAAACCUACAAAAAAUACAGAAACACUUGAUGUGUUGUUGGGUGACUUUUUUGAAUAUUUUGGAAACUUUGAUUUCAGAAGGAAUUCCAUAAAUCUUCGGAAGGGAAAGGAAGUAAAUAAGCCUGAGUCGUCUCCUCUUUAUAUCUGGAAUCCCUUUGAACAAGACCUUAAUAUCAGCAAGAAUGUUAAUCAGCCACAGCUGGAGAAAUUUGUAGCUAUGGCCAGAGAAAGUGCCUGGAUUUUACAGAAGGAAGAUAAAACUCAGCGAGUGAUCAAUAAAGAGCCUUGGGGACUCGCAGCCCUGCUGAUACCAUUUGGAAAAAGUAAUCCCAGCAAGAUGAAGAACAGGAUGAAAGGAAUAGGAAGUGAAACAAUCAGAAGCCUUUUGGACUCUUUAAAGUUAAAUAAUGCAAGCAAUCUACAAAAAGCAGUGGGAAAGUGACUUUCAGGACAGAAGCACAGUAGCUGAUAUUCUGUUUUAGGAAUUGAACGUGGCACACAGUCUGAAGAACAUUACUUUUAAUAUUUCUGGUAUGGUGAAAUGGAGAGUCAAAUGACCUCUCUUUUCCAUUGUGAUGCUUUUUGUACAGGUCUGCUUUCUUUCUGUACAUUUUUCUCCUUACUCUUCACUUUUCCAUCUGUUUUAUGAAUGAAGAGCAUUCAAAUGCAAGUUUUACAGAUACAUUUUGGAAGUAGCCUUCAGCUGGGCACUCUUUAAAAAAAAAAAAGACUGACAGGAGCAGCAUGGGAAAGAGCCUUUGGGAACUCUGU